GCUUCUCUGUUUAUGAGUGUCGGUCUGGUGGAGCCACUCGGUGGGCGGCGCGACAACAGCACGAACCGUGGCCGAAAUGGCACAACGAGCAGCCGGAUAGAAAGGCUCUCACAGGCGUCCAACAACCUUGGCUAUUUGGGAAAAAACAUGUCCGGAGUUCUGCCAUGGCGACACCCUUUUGAGUCCAUCGCCGGGUGCUUUUGUGAAUUCUUUAAGCCGAGGAGGGACGCACUGCUGUCGGCAUGGCCAACGUCAAAGUGGCGGUUCGAGUUCGUCCGCUCAACGCGAGGGAACGUGCAGAUGGGGGAAGGUUGGCAGUCCAUGUGGAUGACAAGUUUGUGAGGAUCCAAAAUGUCAAGUUGGACCCACGCGCCGACCACGCCGUGGAUUCCAGAGAGAAGCUCCUGGAGUUCCACUUCGAUUACUGCUACUGGUCGGUGCAGCCCGAGGACCCGCACUAUGCGUCACAGGAGGAGGUGUUCCAGGAUUUGGGUGUGUCGGUGCUGGCCGGAGCUUCCGAGGGCUACAACGUCUGUCUGUUCGCUUAUGGCCAAACGGGAUCUGGAAAGACGUACACAAUGAUGGGCACACCGGACUGCACUGGUUUGACGCCUCGCAUCUGUCAGGGCCUGUUCCGGUCUCAGGAUCCGCUUUCUGAUGGGCAAAACUCAAGCAGAGUGGAGAUAAGUUUUCUGGAAAUCUACAAUGAGCGAGUGCGAGACCUGCUGUCCAGCAGCGAGCAGAAGAAAAGAACUUCGCUAAGAGUCAGGGAACACCCUGAAAAAGGGCCCUAUGUGCAAGAUCUAUCCCAGCAUGUGGUGUCAGACUAUCAGCAGGCAGUGGACCUUCUGGAGGCGGGCAUCGCCAACCGCAUCACGGCGGCGACGCACAACCAUGACGCCAGUAGCCGCUCUCACGCCAUCUUCACCAUCCAGUACACACAGGCCAUUCUUGAGAGCAACCGUCCUUCUGAAACAGUCAGCAAGAUUAAUCUGGUGGACCUGGCUGGCAGUGAGAGAGCUGAUCCCAAUUACUGCAGAGAUCGACUAACGGAGGGCUCCAACAUCAACAAGUCGCUGGUCACGCUGGGCAUCGUCAUUUCCGCUCUGGCCCAAAACUCGCAGAUGUCCAGCAGCUGCCAGAGCAUCAACAGCAUGGCCUCGGAAGGCGACGGCAGCACGGCGGGAAGCCACAGUAGCUUCCCGUCCACAGGAGGAAGUGCGGGUAGACGGCACUGCUUCAUCCCCUACAGAGAUUCAGUUCUAACUUGGCUGCUGAAGGACAGCCUGGGGGGCAACUCCAAAACCAUUAUGAUCGCAACCGUCUCCCCCUCCGCUAGCAGUUACAACGAGACGCUCAGCACCCUGCGCUACGCCGCACACGCCCGAAAUAUCGUCAACAAGCCCCGAGUGAAUGAGGACGCCAACGUACGGCUGAUCAGAGAGCUGAGGGAAGAGAUCGAAAGGCUGAAGAGCAUGUUGCUCACCUUUGGAAUGCAGCGCGAUCCCAGUCCGUCCCUGAGUGACGAGAAAGAGGGGACGCUGUCAGACAUGGUGCUGCAAAAUGAGUUGAAGGUGGAGCAGCUGACAAAGGACUGGUCUGAGAGUUGGCGAAACAAGCGGGAGCUGCUGGAGCAGUACAGUGUGGACAUCAACCAGGACCGCGCCGGUUUCCUCAUUAACUCACCGCGGCCGCACCUCGUCGCCCUGGAUGGCGAUGUCCUCAGCACCGGUGUGGUCUUCUAUCACCUCAUGGAAGGUGUUAACCACAUCGGACCACGAGACCAUUUGGAAGAACCACAAAUAGGUUUGGCCAGCUGUGAGAUCCAUAAUGACAGUGGCGUGGUCACUCUCAGGCCGCUGCCAGGUUGUGCCUGCCUGAUAAACGACAGGGAAGUCACUGAACCUUGCAGACUUGCGCAAGGAAUGGUGAUCACCUUGGGCGGGCUUCAUAAAUUCCGCUUUAACCACCCAGUGGAGGCGGCCGUCCUCCGGGAGCGCCGACGGGCAAGUGAAAGUACCGACAUCGAUCUUUCCCUUCCAACUCCUGACCAAAGCAAAAAAGAAGGGCUGCCUGCAGUGUCCUUGUCCCCUGAUGAGGAGUCGAGUGCUAGGCGCCGUGUGGAAGAGCAGCAGUGCUAUGUGGAAGGUUUGCGCCAGGAGAUGCGUUCUGAGCAGCGGCGGGCCGAGAGGGAGCUGGAGAUGGAUCAAGCACAUCUUCGGCACCAGCACAACGAGAUCCACCAGUGGAUCAUGCAGGAGAAGCGGCACCUUGGAAUUCAAACGGACCCCCAACCAGACCCCUUUCUGGAGCGUCUCACAGGAUUUGUGCCGGAUGAUCAGGGCAUUCAAAGUAGGGAUUGUCCGUCCAUGGUGUUCAGGGUCAGGAAGAAAGUGGUCCAAGAGGAGCUACUGAAGCAUCAUGCCUUGUGUCGUGCUGAGUCCCGCUUUCGCCGGAAAAAGCUGCAGUUCCAGCUGGAGAGAAUUGCCCGCAAGCGGCAUCUUUUGGAAGCAAAGAGGGAAUUGCAGCGUCUAGAAAAAGGCCUACCCCCGUCACCAGAGAGCCCUGAAGAGGGGUCUCCACCAAAGUUUCUUUCUCCGAGACAUUCCUUCUCUGCUGAUCUUGUGUCCCGACUGUACCCACAGCAUACCCCAAUCUUCAGACACUUCCUCAAAAGAAAUAAAUCCACAGAUAUGAAUUCAAACUCCACAUCUCCAGUGUGCCUUACUAGCAGGAAGUGGGUUUCAGAUGAGUGCCUUCCUCGGGAAAGGACUCAGAGUUGUUCUGGUCCAGUCCCCUCAGGACUAAAUCAGGCCUGCCAAGGAAGUAGUAGAUCCAAGGAUGAGGAGAAUUCCCAAGAACGGCCGUGUAUGCGGUGCACUGAACGAAAACCUCUGCUGCCACAAAGACAACUAUCUUUUAAGAACAGAUCAGACCACAACGCAGCCGCUUCACCAAAGUUGCCUGUUUGUAUCACUGUGCAACCACUUGGCAAAGAAAAUGUAGCAUGCAGAACAGACAUCCCUAUAAUUCCAAACAUGGAUGUAAAAAUACAAACCCAGUGUAGUGUCACUAGAAAAUCCUUCUCUAGUUCUGUUGGAGCUAAAGCCUCAGGAAACCCAUCACCACGUUCUAACAACACCGAAGUUGAUGGGAAGGUAACAAAUCAGUUUCCAGGAAGCAAUGAAGAUAGUGGAGUGAUGAGAGAAAGUACCAUUAAAACAGUCUCUCUAGAAGAGCUCGAGAAGAGCGUUCCAUUAGAGGUUCCGAGACGAUGGCACAGCACGGAGGCUCUGAUGAACAAGACAGGUCAGUGGGUGGAGAGACAACAACGAUGGAAGUAUAAAUGUGAAUGGAAAGUAGAAGAUGAACAGCAUGAUGGGGCCUCUGAUUCUGAGAGCCUCUUUUCCCUCGAUUCUUUAUCCUCGGUUUACGCAACAGCUCUGGCUCAGAAGCUCAAAUGUGAAGAAGAGGCUCCGAGUGAAGCAGAUAGCGAAGACAGUAAGAUGUCAAAAGACUCGUUAGCUUUGGCGAAAUAUUCGUCUGUUAAGUACUCUUGCCAAAAAGUGGAUACGACAUACUCUUUGGUGACAGAUUCCCCACGAGGUAAUAGGAUAGUAGCGAGAGGUGAAGAAUGGCGCAUUUGUCAAGAACCUAAAGUUGACCCUGCACAGAUACACUCCAGCCAGCAAGAUUCCCUGAAAUUGAAACCUGAAUUUGGAAAUGUACAAAAGCUGAUAGACAAUAACAUCUGUCAAACCAGUGUUGCUGCUUCUCCUAUUGCUGGGUUGUCUGAAAACCUGCAACUGCUUGUGGAUGUCCAAUCCUCCUGUGAGGUGGCAAACGUUUCCGGUAUCCUCAGAGAUUCUCCAUCCUUCCGAAAAGAUAGUAGUGAACAUUCCAACUUCUCAGAUGGUUUGAGUCCCUCUCGAAGUUAUAACUCAACAUCCAUCAGUGCCAAAGUUUUUAGUGACCAACUAACUGUGGAUUUGAUGUCACAGAAUGAGAAGGGAGAGUCAAAUAGUGGGACCAAGUGCUUGAUCGCCGACCCACUACCUCUGCCCCAAAAGUUUAAAGAUGACGUUGGUACUGACAUGUAUACCUCAGGUUGUCAAGCAGAACUGCAUCUGUUAACAAAUUUUGUUGAGCGGAGUCAAGCUUUUACGAAAGACUCUUCAAGCUCCUUCGAAGCGUCACAAGAGAAUGAGGUGCUACACAAUCUAGAUGUUACUCUUCAACAGUCUGACACAUCAGGCCAUGGGAUUAUCAAAGAUCAUUCCCUCGCGAAGGCUGAAUCACAGUCCGAGAAUGACACCAAAGAUGUCGAUGCUGCUUUCGUAGCCCUGCAAAGUCAGUCAGUUUGUAAAAAUUCAAGAAAGAGAAACAGAGAGCAGCAGGAGGCUUGUGAGGGGAAAUCCAGGGUACCAAAAAGAAGCUCUUCACCAGUUGACAACCAGGGAGAUAUUUUGUCAGAUAGUAAUAACACAUUUAACUCCAAAAAAGAACACCAUGAUCUAGAAAUAUUCAAAUUAGGAUUUGUAUCAACUCAUCUCUCCCCUCAAAAACUUGAGGAAUCGAGUGACCCCUCUGUUGGAGAGAUAAAAGCUAAGUAUGCAAAAAAAGUAGUUGCUAAUACAAAACAAGCAUUGUUUCAAAUUGAUAAUGCCGAAAGAAAUCAUAGUUGUCAGUCUAAGGCGAUUUGUAGCGCCAUUGACUUGAGAAUAUCAGAAGUUGUCCAAGAGCACUUAAAACUGGCGUUGUUUGGCAACAGUAGCAAUGGGCACAGCUGGAGUCAAAGAAACUGGAGUCAAAGACUAGUCUCAGAUUGUGAUGACCAAAGAAAAAAACAAAUAAAUAACAAUACUCUAGAUAACACAAGUGAUCGGAUGAAAGAUCUCCCCAAUAAUGGAGAAACAGCGGAAAAGAAACUCAGGGCUUCAGAAGUAAAAACUGUCCCUGCAUUGACAAAAGUUGAGAACAAACCAACUGGCCACGAAAUGUCAGACAGCUGCACGAGCGGCAAUGCUGAUGCAAGUCAACCAGAAAGAUUUGAGGAUCAUCUGCCAAAGAAUGAUUGUUCAAAAGAUGUAUACCGCCAAAGUUGCUCUGAAGCUUUGAAUUCUGUUGUGCAACAGCCAUUCCAAAUAGCAACCACCAAAGGAACAUAUCAUGUGGAAAGCAUGUCCAAUGUUAACUGUGGUCACUCAUGUGACCAACAAUUACAAAAGGAAGUUGUUCACCCUCAAAGGUUGUCCUCCGAUGGAGGCUAUUUCCAUAAUGCCACACAGAGAAAUAAACAUGUCAAAGAGCAAGAUCAGCACAGCAGUCCAUGUUUGAAUGACCGUUGUCAGGCUUGUGUGGCCAAUAGGGAUUACAACGCCACUAACAAAUGUCAAGGUUUUCAGUGCAAUGGGGACAAAGCUCAAGUCAAACAUGAAGGGCCUUGUGUUAUAAAUCAAUCUGAAGUGCAUGUUCCAGAAAGCUUUGCAGUGUUAAAAGAUGAAAUUAAAGUAAAAAGUUCAAGUGGUUCUGAAAUGGCCAAUGUUGGCACACAGUGUCAAUCAUCUCUUUUGCUUAAAAAGAAUAAGUCUAAAAGGUUCAGGAGGACAAAAAUAACUUGUCCCUCCUCUUCCCCUCAGACAUUGUCAUCAGAUGAAGACCAAACGUCCAGCAAACAGUCAUCUAGUCAGCUGAAACUUGACAGUGAAGACAAAACCAAUGUCAGACAGUCUAAUACGGAGAUUUCCAAAGUGAACUCUAAAAUGGAGCUGAUAAAACAGGUUAGCAGGAAAAGACUCUCCUUACCUUCACAGGCAAUACCACUAAGGACAAAUGAUUGCCAAAAUGCAGUCAACUCUCAGGAAUCCCAAAUGCAUUUUGUCUCUAGUGAUAUCAAUCCAUUCAUUCAUCAGUGGCAAGACUACUACCAGCCUUGCUGCAAAAACCAUGCUUUUGGCAGUGCUAACGACUUGUCCCACAAAUCCCCGCUCACUGAGAAACGCAUAACGAGGUGCUGUAGCGUCGAUAACGGCUUAAACAGGCAGAACUCUCCCUUCAAUUCUCAUCUGAGCACCUACGCUGCGCACAAGGGGCUCUCCAGUACGCUUAGCAGCAUCGAACAGAUAGUCAACACUACCUCAUCCAGCGGGUUUGCUAACUCAUCUGAUCCGGAGUUGGGCCAUUCCGUGACACAGAAAAACACAAAUGAACAUGGCCUUCAGACUGAGCUGGUCCUGCCAACCACUACACAGAGGAAGGAGCGGCACAAAAGGAGCCACACGGAUAUUCCCAAGUCCCAGGUUCAAAUAAACAAGUCCUUGACAUGGACCAGCAUGGAAAACAUGUCAGUCCACCUCUCAAAGCUGAUCCACAGCACGUCGGACCUGCUGGGAGAUGUUCAGGGGUUGAGGAUGGCUCACGUUAGCGGAUUGAGUCCUCGAUCAAUCUCAAAUGUCAGCCUCGACUGCUCGACCCAAACUGCCUUGGAUGUCGGGGUUCAGACGGAGAGACCUUCGACACCUGAGAACACUAACAAGCUCGAAAGGUCCAAAUCCCAUGAAGUCAACGUGACAUUGAGAGUGAUUGGUGCUGAAGUGGUUUCACGAGACAAAGACUCUCUCUGUUUGAUGAAAACUGAGACGGUUGACAAGGAAGAUGGGACUUUAAAUUUCUUCCAACCCGGGACUGCUUCUUUAAAAUCACAGCCUGUUGGUUGUCGAAGACAAUUAAGAUCAUCUUCAAUAAAGAAAAUCUUGUCUGAGAAAUUGCAUCACCACAAUACCACUUCUGAAAACUGCUGGAACCCAAGCAGAUGCCAAAAACCCCAAACCCCUUUGUUGAGCAAUCCUUCAAAGCCUGCGACUACAUUCACAGAUCGAGCAUCGUCCCCAAUUGUCACCUUCGGUGUAAACCAACAGUUGAAGCCUAGACAAGGCGAUCUGAAUGGACGCAGGGGAGACAAAAGCUUCACUGAGUCUUCUUACAGGUCAUCAGGACUGAAUCGUGGCAUUUGCUCUGGUAGGUCACCAGAAAAAAUGAUCCGUAGUUCAAGAGUUAAAGAGACUAAGAACUACUUCCAAAGCUCAUCAAUGGACAGAAGAAACACUCCUCAAAAUGGCAGUCAUCAUCCUCAGCCCAAACAGAACACGUCACAAAGUCCUAACUUGUUCGACUUUUCUCCGCAGAGUCACACCUCUGCCACUGGAAGAAAAACAGACAAUCAUGACACCAAAUCCAAAAGCGUACAAUCAACAGUCUCAGCCCAGCUAAAACCUCAAGUGGAACCCUUUGGCAGCGAUACCUGCAGUACAUCCCCAGCUGCAUCUCUGACACCCAGUGAGUGCAGCACUGAUGUCCUGGUGAACUGUAAACCAAUCACCUGCUUGGACACUGAUAAACUGCCCGAGGAUCUGCCCUUGCACAAUAAGUUCACCAACUGGUCUGGCAUCAACUCUCGGCAAUCCAGAUAUUGUGUUUUUUCCGAUGCGGCGGAGAUUUCCACUUCCAACUCUGACAUGAGGUUAAGAGAAAUCGAACAUCUGCGUCAGGAGAGGGAACAAGUAAUGGCUUCCGUCGGCCUUUGCGCCAGCUCCACACCGCUGACCGUGGAGCUUACAGAGGCCAAGCUGCACUACGGCCUGGGAGAGACAGACGCUUUGCUCAAGAUGCUGUCUCCCAGGUCCACGGAGGAGCUCAAGGUGAAUUGUUCAACUGCCACCCUCGGAAAAAAGCAACUCCAAGAUAGGCACCGUUCUAGUUUUGAGGGUUUCCGUGAACAUACUGAUGAGAGUCCACAGACGAGCCGUCGAACUCGCAGCCUAAGUCCCAGCAGACGUCAUCCUGGUAGCCCUCCUGCCACGCCCAACCGACAGUCCAAGCCAGAUACCACCAGUAGAAUACGAGUACCGGUGGGAAGCGAUGGCACGUACCCCUCAGACAUCGAGCAGAUGCUGCGUGAUUACGGCCGUGCUCGGGAGGAAGCCAUGGGUGAAAUCGCCAAAGCCAGGGAGCGACUGCGCGAAAGGACUGAGCAAGAGAAGAGGAGGCUUUUGCAGCAGUCUUCAUCUGUUGAGUCCACGGCUGACCCAAGGCAUGGAACCAGGAUCAGCAACAGCACCUUGUGCACCGGAUCUAGUCUUAGCCUGUCAUCUGGACCCACAUCAGGGUACAACAGCGGCAAUACAUUACAGCUGCAACACAGCAACAGAGCUGGAUAUAGCACAACAUGUCUGGAGGAAAAUGAAAACGUUGCCUCAAGGAGGUCUUUUUCUGCUCAGAACACCCGUAUUGAGCCCCUGAUGACGUCGUCACCAUCAUCCCCCCCAUCUUGUACUCGACGUCGCUCUGCCUCCUUUGGCUCAUCCUGCUCCUCGUUAUCCACAAGCUAUCAGGAUGUCACGGCCGCGCUGCUAGGCCAAGCUUUGGCUGAGGUCAGACUGGCAUCCUGUGGUGAUUUGGGCAACCUGAUGAAGGGGAAAGCAUCUGCUGGCUGGAGACACCAGGGAGAAGAGCGCGGCAUCCAGGCCUACUACCGGGCAUCAUCCAGCCCUUCCAUGCAUGCCUUCUUGGGGGCCGCUGAGCUGGACGGACCCCCAGAGCACUUCUGGGCGGUCCUCCACCGCCCCGGCAACGUUCAGUUCUAUCACCCGUCAGUCCGCACGGCAUGGACGCGCCCAUUAGAUGACAGCACUCACCUUGUCUACAUUUUAACAGACACGUCCAGCUGCCACCUCAACCGGCCGCGAGAUUUCUGCUGCAUCAGCGCAGAGUCCAAACAGGGAGACGUCCAUGUGCUGGCUAUGCAGUCCGUGUUGGAUGAGUCCCUCCCCCGUCCAGGCCCAGAGGCUGUCCGAGGUCAGAUGAUGCCCAGCUGCUGGCUCGUGCGGCCAAUCAAACGCGACGGCAGCGUGCGUGAGGCCACCCGGGUGGUCUUCCUGCAGCAGGUUGACCUGGGCACACCGUCGUUCCCGCCGCACCUACUGGGCGCGGUGGCCCGGAAGCAAGUGACCAUCCUGGCCGACCUCGCUGAUGUGGUGGCCGUGUCAUGGAAUGUCAAGAAUUGCGACUCUUCAUUUUGCACCUGACGUUUGUCUUUUUUUUUUUUUCUUCUACACAACGAGGGCACUAUCUACUUAGGGAGCAGCUUUAUUUUAAUAUGAAGGUCGCCUUUUUAUUUUUGUUGCUUUCAACCAUUUUAAUGCCAGUUUACCAAAGAUUAUUCUUAAAAGCAUACAAUAUGUUUUGGAUAUCAUUUUUUUAUUCCUAAAAGUUUAUUUAAUAUUUUUGCAAUCCACUUAAAAUGAAUAUAUUUUGUAAACCACUAGAGAGAGCCAGCGUACUCGUUGGACACCAUAUGUGUGAUUAAACAAGUUUUUUAGCCAAUUACGUCGCUUCCCAAAACAUAGCAGCUGUUACUCCAGAUGCUAUGUUUCUGUUUUGCAUAUUCGAAAAGCAAAGUUGACUUUAUUGUUGUUGAAUUCAUAGAGACUACUGAACUAAUAGCAGCCCACAUACUGCACUGUAAUGAUUGAAUUUGUUGGGGGGAUCCAACAUUACCCUACUGAAUUUCACCUAACAGCGCCCUCUGGGAAGUGACAUCAGAUACCAAUCCAAUUGCAACAGGGCCGAGAACAUUGUGGCAUUUUUUUUUUUUUUGACGUGCAUAGCCGUCAAUGGCAUAGCCUGACUUUGGUGUCCGUUGAAUGUCAAUGCGCUGUAAUGGUAAGUGGAUGGCCAAAAAUCACAGCCACACGUUUUCUGCCAUUCAAGAUGAAUAGAAAAUUUUGACGUGCAUAGCCGUCAAUGGCAUGGACUUGCAUGGACUGCAAAACUGCCAUAAACCCCAAAAAAUGCCAUACCCCCCCCCCCCCCCCCCCGAAAAUGUCACAAACCAAAAUGCAUUGUGCCAUACACCCCAAAAAAAAAAUGACACGUCAAAAUCCUUUGUGCCACAUGGCAAAAAAAAUGCCACAUGGCAAAAUCAAUUUUGCCACAUGGCAACAAAAUGCCACAUGGCAAAAUCAAUUUUACCACAUGGCAAAAUCCAUUUUGCCCCUCGGCAAAAAAAUGCCACAUGGCAAAAUCCAUUUUGCCACACGGCAAAAAAAUGCCACUUGGCAAAAUCCAUUCUGCCACAUGGAAAAUACCACUUUUGGUUCUCGCUGUCUCUCUCCAAAUGGGUGGGUGUUGAACAGAACCACAAAGAAAUCUUGGCUUAACUUGAAGAGUACCGUAAUUCAGCCAUUUUUGUCAGGGCAGAGAUUUGCUAAACUCUUAACUGCAAAUUGGAACAUGUGAGCUCAAAUCAGAAGCAGGUAUCUAAUGUAAUGUGCAGUGUCAAAAUAGGAUUGCUGCGAUGUAUCCUUCAUAUUUGCAGGGAAAAUGCCAUAAAAUCAUAAAAUGCUGCAGAAUUUAAAAAAGAAAAUUUCAGUUUGUUUGUGUACCUAAUUUAUACUAUGCAAGUUCUCAUUGGAAAAAACCAAAUAUGAAAAUAUGAAGGCACAGUGACAUAAAGCAGUAGACAUUUAUAUAUGAACCGUUUUGAUUUUUGGGGUAUUUUUAUUACGCAGCUAUAUUUUCAUUUUUUUGUUGUGGUCAACUUAUUUAUGUUUUGAAUUGUAAAUGUGUGUUGUUUUUUUUUUUUU